UCACUGGAAUAGAAGGCGGAGGUCACGCAGUGUCGGUGUACUAGAUAAGACUUCUAAAGUAAGUCACAUACUAAAUGGAGUUGUCCCUAGUAGAUCCUGUGUGCCAGUAUCGCUACCGACGUAACCACCAGGAAAAGAUGGCGCCCACUUUACUGUAAGCUGUUAUUGUUGAGCUUUUAAAGACUGUGAGCCCUUGAUGCUGUCAGGUCCAGUGGGUUGAACUGUCUAGGAUUACUGGACCAAACAAUUACAUUUUCUGAAGUGUGCACAUAUAAAAAUAAAUGUCCAUGACCACGUGACUUAUUGCCUCUCGACAUUGACUGGAUUAAGUUGAUCUUUCACAAUCUGUUAAUUGGAUUUUAAUUCUGAAGAGUAUACCUUGCGGAGAUGGUCUGCUCUGCACAAUAUAUGACCAUCUCAUGGUUACUACACGAUUACAUUUCAACGGCUACUCUCUGCUGACUCAAUCUGUCAUAAAAUUGUCAUGAGUCGCGUGUAAUCUAUUACAUACCACAAUGUACGGCCUACUGCUUCAAUCAUCGGCAGACUUUUUGAAAAACAAAUAUGGCGAAGAACUCUGGGAGAAAAUUCGCAAAGAGUGUAACCUGACGAUGAGUGGCUUCGCAACACACAACAUUUACAGUGAGAAUAUCAUGGUGGACAUGGCUAGUGCUGCCUCUAAGAUCACUGGUGACACACUAGAGACCAUAAUGGACUGUUUUGGGGUGGAGUUCGUCAAUUUUGUUGGUCAGUUUGGCUACGACAGAAUCUUGAAAGUUCUCGGACGUCACAUGAGAGACUUCCUGAAUGGACUUGACAACCUGCAUGAGUACCUCAGGUUCAGUUAUCCCAAACUUAAACCACCAUCUUUUUUUGUGGAAGAUGAAACCAAAAACGGAUUGACCUUGACCUACCGAUCCAGACGAAAAGGUUUCUUACACUAUGUGAAAGGUCAGAUCCGGCAAGUGGGCAAAGUGUUUUACAAUACACGAGUAGAUAUAUUUGUGGUGGCCAAUGACUUCAAUGAAAAAACUCAAACUAUUCAUGUCAAGUUUAGACUUUUGUUUGAUAACAAGGCAUUCCGGGAAGUGUCCAAUCACGUGGUGGACAAUAUCGUUGACAGCAUUCCUCUCAGACCAGAACUUCUCUUUGAACUAUUUCCGUUUCACAUUGUCUUUAGUCGAAAAAUGGAUAUCCGAAGUGUUGGUCCUGGACUUCGUGCAGUGAUUCCAAGUGCAGUAGGCAAAAACAUGGUGGAUCUGUUCUCAUUGGAACGACCUUUGACGAGUUUUACUUGGGAGGAUAUUCUCCAUCACACGAAUAAUGUGUUUCAACUAGUGGCCAGAUCUCCAGUUACUCAGAAGGAGGAAACUGAAGUCAUUAUUUCUGAUGAUAUCAAUAAAGAUCCAACAUUCGAUGAAGGUGUGAUAGGUUCCAAUGUGCUUCAUUUAAAAGGCCAAAUGAUGUACAUGACUGAGUGGGAUUGUAUUAUGUUCCUAGGCACACCUAUAAUGAACUCACUGGACGACAUGUUCCGGAUUGGUCUGUAUAUUAAUGACUUAAGCAUGCAUGACUCAAGCAGAGAUCUGGUUUUAGCUGGUACUCAACAAUCAGCCGAAUUAAAGUUAGCAUUAGACCAGGAGCAAGAAAAAAGUCGCCUCUUGGAACAGAGCAUGGUCAAGCUGGACCAAGAGAUGCAGAGAACAGAUGCCCUCUUGUAUCAAAUGAUUCCAAAACCUGUUGCCGAUAGACUUCGUCGGGGAGUACCUUCAGUAGAGACGUGUCAGGUAUUUGAAAAUGUCACUAUUUUAUUUAGUGACGUGGUUGGCUUCACCACAAUCUGUAGUCAGAUCACUCCGAUGGAAGUCGUCUCCAUGUUGAAUGCAAUGUACACACAGUUUGACCAACUGAGUGAGAACCACAGUGUCUAUAAGGUGGAGACUAUAGGUGACGCUUACAUGGCUGUGUCCGGGGCUCCAACUGUGACCAAAUACCAUGCUCUACAUAUGUGUGACAUGGCUCUAGACAUGAGAUCAUCCAUGAACAACUUGCUGAAUCCAUCGAACAAUGAAACCAUGAAAAUUAGAAUAGGUAUUCACACUGGAACCACUGUCGCUGGAGUUGUGGGAAUAAAAAUGCCCAGAUAUUGUUUGUUUGGUGACACCGUCAACACCGCAUCCAGAAUGGAGACAAGCGGAGAAGCAAUGAAAAUUCAUAUCAGUGAAACAACUAGAAGAGAAUUGGAGAGUUAUCCUUAUGUGGUCGAAAACAGAGGCUCUAUUGAUGUCAAGGGCAAAGGUCAAAUGAAAACGUAUUGGUUAUUAGGAAAAAGAGAACUGUCUGAGAAAGAACUUUCCCAGUGUCCAUUUCUUACAAUCAUGAAAGAAGAAGUCAUGAAAAGGAACUUAGAAGAGCACGUGGACAGCAACAACAGCCGUUUAAAUGCUGACCAACACUAUUCUGUCUCUCCUCACCCCUACUCUCCAGUGUCUUACCGAGACUUUGAAGACAGAGACAGUCCAACAGGCAGAAAACUUUCAGCUGAUGCUGACCUCUUGAAACUUGGUGCCACAACAUCACCCAGGAAUUCUAGGUCAGGGCCAUCUGGUUGUCCCUUUGCAAUGGGAUUUUUCUCUGCCUCCUCAACGUCUGAAUCUUUGAAGAAACCUGACAACAAAAAUCAAUUCAAAGGUUCUAUAGAUAUCACUUACUCUUCUGUUUUUGAAAACUUGAAAUAUCCUAGCAAAAAUAAUUACAAAAAUCAAACCGCAACUACUGGUCCAUCUGGUGGUCAACUCAAUAGCCCAAGGUUAUCAUUAAGCAAAGGUCAGAAAGACAUUCAACUGGAGAGUGCACUACAGUACUCCUAUACACCUUCCAUCCCUGAGUCACGUGACUCUGGGAUAUCUGUGACAGAAGCCCAUUACAACAACGUAGUGGGACUCAGCCCAAGUCACGUUGCUGCUAAAAACGUCACUACAUCAAAAGAAAAAGAUGCCGCCAUGACUCUUCAUUAUGUUGGUUCUUCGCCUCAAAGGUUCUCAAAUGAAAAGCAGAAAAACUCCAGCAGCAAGCAGUCUACUCCGGAGGCUGCCUCCACUUACCACUCGAAAAACAUCGACACCGAUUCUAUUAUAGCGUUAGAUAGCAGAGCUGCAUCGGUUACCUCCCAGGCACCACUAGAGUAUACACUCAAUAACACUGACGGACGUCUGAACAAAGAUACACUUCCUGGAAACGGAAGUCACAAAGUGGCCCCAUUGCCCCAUGAGUUGGACAAAUUCAUGCCAGGUAAACAUGCUGUCUCGAAUGGGACAAUAGUGAUCAAAAAUGAAUUUGGAUGCAUUUCUGGAUCAUGUUCUGACAAGCAUAGAGCAGACAGAAAAAGUAAAACAUGCCAAAUUUUAUAAAAUACGAAUUGACAAUUGUAAUCAUUUUUAGUGUUAGUAACAUCAUAACUAGAAAUGUAUUUGUUCUUUGAACUACUCUCCAACUCUCUGACCCGUUCAACUGUAUUGUAUAACUACAUUGAACUUUGUGACUUGAUUACUUUAUUGAACUGACAUUAUCAACUAUAGCGAACUGACACAAUCUGCUAUAAUAAACUGACACUAUCUACUUUAGUAAACUAGCAUUAUCAGUUAUAUUAAACUGACAGUCUGAACAAUCUGACAAAUCUAUUUUUAAAGAAAAAUACAUUACAAUACAAAUACAUAAAAACAAUAUCUUACUGAUAUAAUAUUUAUAAUAAACUUUUAAGUGUCUCAAGUGACAUAGAUGGUUAGUAUAUUCAAUUGUAUUUUGAGAUUCCUGAGAACAUAAGGCCCGUAUGAAACUCCUGAUGACUUUGAUCUUCAUAACAAAAUGAGAUUCUGACGUUUUACAUAACAAAAUGAGAUUAUGUUUAUCCCAUUUGAUUACGAGAUUCUAAUAUUUGACAUGACACUAGAUGUAGUGCCUCAUGUUUUUAUGAUCUUAUUAUCUUACUAAUGACUAUGUUUUUGUAAGACUUUGUAGGAGCGUACUUACACAUCUGUCCGACUAGAUCUGGCUCAAGUUUGUUUUUUCUUGAUGCUACUGUACUGUUCGACACAAUUUUUGUGUGCUGUGUGUUUUUGUGGUACAAAUGUUUACAAAGGAAAGAAGUAGACAAUAAAGUCAUGAUUUCCCACGAACAUUUAAUGUCUGAAUAAACAAACUCUACAUUUAAUGUUUGAAUAAACAAACUCUACAUUUAA